AUGCUCAUCGAUGGGAAACGAUUUGGUGGAGAUGGUGGAACAAGUUUCGAUGAUGCUAAAGACUUAUCUUUGACCGUAACUGGUCCAAAUCGUCAUUAUUGCGUACAGAUCGAACUUCAUUGGGAUCGAGGGUACGAUAAAAAACUAACAUCGAUUUGUUUCCAAUACGAAACAUCAAGCAAUAAAUAUAAUCGUUCCGGGAAGCAUCGUGGUCGUGAUGGAGGAAGCGUUGAUUCAUUAGACUUAAAUCAAGAUAUAUUCAUCUUGAAAAAAGAUGAUCAUAUUGAAAAGAUAGAUGUUUAUGUUGGAAAGCGUCAACGAUAUGAAUGGAUUCAGAACACCAUACCGAUUAUUACAGCUAUACAAUUUUUUACUGUAAAAGGAGAAGCCAGUGAUAUAUUCGGAUCGACUGAAAAUGCAGAAAAAACAACAGAACAUUAUCCUGGUUAUAUAUUUGCAUAUGCGAAAGGUAGAUCAGGUUUAUGGAUUGAUAGAUUACAAUUUGUAUGGAUCAGUACACAAGACAAGAAAUCAUCCGAUCAAAUUGUAUUUUUUUAA